GGAGAAUGCCGGUUUUGGCGACCGGAGUCCUCAAACGUCAGGAUAUGGAUUAAUGUCGUCUGUAGUUAUUUAAUUCGGCCGCUCCAAUCAUGAAAAACGCACCUAAAUGCUAAUUUAUAACAGCGAAAACAUCUAUAGGUUAUAGGUAAAUCAGCCGCAUAUGUGGAGGAUUUUACAGUGAUUUGCUGUUGGUGUACUAAUUCUUUAACCCUCGUUGACCCUUACUGUAAGUGACUGUAACACACCUUCAAAAUGCUGACGAGACUUUUCCGAAUCCACGGCCUGUUUGUGGCCUCCCAUCCUUGGGAAGUCAUUGUGGCUACUGUCACUCUCACCAUCUGCAUGAUGUCCAUGAAUAUGUUCACUGGAAAUAACCAAAUUUGUGGCUGGAACUUUGAUUGCCCCAAAUUGGAAGAGCAAAUCUUAAGCAGCGACAUCAUUAUCCUGACAAUCACAAGAUGCAUAGCAAUAGUCUACAUUUACUUUCAAUUCCAAAAUCUUCGACAGUUAGGAUCCAAAUACAUAUUGGGCAUAGCAGGACUGUUCACAAUAUUCUCCAGUUUUGUGUUUAGCACAGUCGUAAUUCACUUCCUGGACAAGGAGCUUACAGGCCUCAAUGAGGCUUUACCGUUCUUUCUGCUGUUGAUUGAUCUCUCCAAAGCAUGCGCUCUGGCUAAGUUUGCCUUGAGUUCAAACUCACAGGAUGAGGUGAGGGAAAAUAUUGCCAAAGGAAUGGCCGUUUUAGGACCCACUUUUACUCUUGAUGCCCUUGUGGAGUGCCUGGUGAUCGGUGUGGGAACAAUGUCAGGUGUGCGACAGCUCGAGAUCAUGUGCUGCUUCGGUUGCAUGUCUGUAUUGGCUAACUACUUUGUGUUCAUGACCUUCUUCCCGGCCUGUGUCUCUCUUGUGCUGGAGUUGUCCAGAGAGAGCAGGGAGGGACGGCCCAUCUGGCAGCUGAGUCACUUUGCUAGAGUUCUGGAGGAGGAAGAGGACAACAAGCCUAACCCUGUCACACAAAGAGUCAAAAUGAUCAUGUCUCUUGGCCUGGUCAUGGUUCACGCUCAUAGCCGGUGGAUUGCAGAUCCCACAUCAAGUAAUGGAACUCUUGAUCUUCCUCAAGUUGGAGUGAGCCUGAAUGAAAAUAUGCCCAAAAGAAUUGAGCCAGACAUGCCCCUUUGGCACUUUUACCUGUCCAGGAUGAUCAGCAUGGACAUUGAGCAGGUGAUCACACUGGGUCUUGCUCUGUUCCUGGCUGUGAAGUACAUUUUCUUCGAGCAGGUGGAGAUGGAGUCUACCCUGUCCCUGAAAGUCCCCACUCCUAGCUCCAUGCUCUCUCAGAAAUGGUCUCCUGAUCAGUGCUGCAGGAAAGAGGUUCCCGUUUCCAGCAAGCCGGAGAAAACUCCCCCUUCCCCUCCAGUUGUUACCAAAGAAGAAAGAGGUUUGCUCUUCUUACCUUUACUCAUUUGUGUUAGCUUUUUGUCAGUGGAAUCUAACUUCAGUGUCUUUCUUUCAGAUUUAGUCAUUCGUCCCCUGCCUGCCCCUGAGCCUGAGCAUAAAAGUACUUUUGUUUUGGGAGAGGAUGAAACUCAGGAAAUUGUCGAUGCGUCGGAGAGCGUGAUCAGUGUUCCUGCUGAACCCAGACCUGUGGAAGACUGUCUGUCCAUUCUGAAAAACCCAGAUAUGGGCGCGCGCUACCUCAGCGAUGAAGAGGUGAUCGUGUUGGUGAACUCAAAGCACAUCCCAGCUUACAAAUUGGAGGCCAUGAUGGAAACCCCUGAACGGGGGGUGAUGAUCCGUAGAAAAAUGCUCAGCCCCAAAUUCCCAGAGCCCACAGCUCUCACCUGUCUGCCUUAUAAAGACUAUGACUACUCUAAGGUGAUGGGAACAUGUUGUGAGAACGUCAUCGGUUACAUGCCAGUUCCUGUGGGGGUUGCUGGCCCUCUGUUAUUGGACGGAAAGCAGUUUCAGGUCCCCAUGGCAACAACUGAGGGCUGCCUGGUUGCCAGCACAAAUAGAGGCUGCAGAGCUAUUGCAUUGGCAGGAGGUGCCAAUAGCCGUGUUCUUGCAGAUGGAAUGACCAGAGGGCCGGUGGUACGUCUGCCCUCUGCCUGUCAGGCAGCUGAAGUCAAGGCCUGGCUGGAAAGCGAUGAAGGCUUCGGGAGCAUCAAAGAGGCCUUUGACCAGACCAGCAGGUUCGCACGAUUGGAGAAGCUUCUGAUUGGCCUGGCGAGUCGCAAUCUAUACAUUCGGUUCCAGUCCAGGACUGGAGACGCAAUGGGGAUGAACAUGAUCUCAAAAGGAACAGAACAGGCUCUUGCCAGGCUGAAGGAGGAGUUUCCAGAGCUUCAGAUUUUGGCUGUUAGUGGAAACUACUGCACUGACAAAAAACCUGCCGCCAUCAACUGGAUCGAGGGCAGGGGCAAGUCAGUGGUGUGUGAGACCACCGUCCCAGCCAAAGUCGUCAAAGAGAUUUUAAAGACGUCUACUGAGGCUCUGGUAGAUGUCAACAUCAGCAAGAACUUGGUUGGGUCUGCUAUGGCUGGAAGCAUCGGAGGUUACAACGCUCACGCCGCCAACAUCGUAGCUGCUAUCUAUAUCGCUUGUGGACAGGACCCAGCACAGACGGUGGGCAGCUCUAAUUGUAUCACUAUUAUGGAAGCCUCAGGCCCCACCGGGGAGGAUCUUUAUAUCAGCUGUACUAUGCCCUCCAUUGAGCUGGGCACUGUGGGCGGAGGCACUAACCUUCCUCCUCAGCAAGCUUGUUUACAGAUGUUAGGCGUGCUGGGCGCCAGUCAGGAGUGCCCGGGUGAAAAUGCCCGACAGCUUGCCAAGGUGGUGUGUGGUACCGUACUUGCCGGAGAGCUGUCACUCAUGUCUGCACUCGCUGCAGGACACCUGGUCAAAAGUCACAUGACUCACAACAGAUCAAAAGUGAAUUUGCAAGAAGCUCCAGGAACAUGCACUAAGCAGGCAUCUUGAGACGUCGCCUGCUGAAGAUGCAAAAGGCACAUAAAGAAGGAGGAUCUCAAGUUUAAAGGCAAAUGUGAUUAGUAAUUUAGAUUAUGUUAAAGACCAGCAAAAGGAAUACAGACGUAAGACUGGUCCCCUGAUCUGUUAAAAGGAGUUGUCUUGUAACUACAGGCAUUCUUUCAAAGAAAUCCGGUUGCAAUCAAAGACUGGAAUCAGGACCUGCUGCGUUCACACAAGCCUAGAGCCAGUAUUUCUAAAUCAUAUCUGAGCAGAAAUAGCUGCUUCUGGACCUGCUUUGUUAAGCUUAACUUGCUAUGGAGAGCAAAGCAAAUCUCAAGUUUCACUGCGGCCAGCGCAUAGAGAAACAGAAAGCCACGUAAUUUAACUUAUUUCUUAAAUUCAGUAUAGUUCAGAUCACAUACAUGACUGACUGGAUGGGGUUUUAUUUCAUUAUCUGUUGGGGAUAGCAACAGGGAUCAUAUCGUUGCCAACUUUUUGCCAACUGGAAACAGCAACAUUAGACAGAAAGGGAAGGAUAAAGUUUACUCUUCAUUGCACUUAUUAAGGGAAAUGGCAUAGAGCAGUACUGAUACAAAGAGGAAUAUAAAGUACUAUGAUUCACUAGUUAAUACACACGUAGAAUAUUACAGAACGACUCUGAAAUUGCCAAAUGCAGCCGUCAGCAGUGCUUGCUAUGUUUUCCGUGUCAGAAUGUACAUUGAUUUUUUUUUUUUUUUUUUUGCUAUGACACAGGAAAUGAAUGACUUUUGUAAUUAAAAGGGUUGUGCUGUGGCACGACGGAUAUACAAAAAUUUCAAAAGGUGCUACGAUCCACACAAUGUUUCAGUUCUUUGUAAAUUUAGCUAUUUCUUUGUGUUUAAACACCUCUAAUAAUGGGUUCAUGUAACAACACUUAACUUAACGCCUUGCAUGUUUCCGAAGGCUUGAAACGGCUUUUAUUUAUAUGGUUCUGGUUUUUGUGUCAUGGAAAAGAGUGGCUGUUUAGACAUGUACGUUUCAUGCUGAAGACAUUGAAAGGAAGCUUUGUUCUUUGUCCCCCCCCCAAAGGCUCAAUUCAAAUUCUCCAAUAAAUAAUAAACUGCAAACGUUUUGUAUAUUUUUUUAUAAUAAAAAGAAAAUGUAGAAUUCAUUGA